AUCGGGAUUAUGGAGAAAACAGGAACCAAGUAGAAAUCAAAGUGAAACAUUAUUCAGAGAUACCCGAGUUGAUGAGUAACCAGGGUAGCGUGACACUAAUCUGCUUGGACUAAAAUUAAAGUCCUGGGCACCUCUCCCUGAUCUACCUAUCUCAACGACUUUGUCUUCAAGAUGUCUACACCACAGCUGGCCACAUUCAAGGUACCUGCAGUCGAAAAUGAACCUAUGCGAAGUUAUGCUGUGGGAUCAGCAGAGCGCAAGGGUCUCGAGGCUGCACUCGCUCAGAUGCAACAGGAACUUCCAUUCGAGGUUCCCUGUAUCGUGAAUGGCUUACCGAUUAGAACUGGUAAUCUUGCAAAGCAGCCCAUACCCUCCGAUCACGCCCGUCAUCUCUGCACAUACCACGAGGCAGAUGAAUCUACCGUAGCUAGUGCGAUUGAUGGUGCCCUUGCUGCCAAGGCUGAGUGGGAGGCCAUGCCUUGGAACGAUCGCGCCGCCAUCUUCCUGCGUGCUGCAGAGCUUGUUAGCGGCAAGUACCGUUACAAAUUGAUAGCAGCUACUAUGCUUGGUCAAGGGAAGAACGCUUGGCAGGCAGAGAUUGAUGCUGCUGCUGAGCUCUCGGACUUCUUCCGUUUCGGCGUCAAAUAUGUCGAGGAGCUCUACGCACAGCAACCUCCUAAGAACUCAGCAGGAGCAUGGAACCGUGUCGAGUAUCGUGCACUGGAAGGAUUUGUCCUCGCAGUUUCGCCAUUCAACUUCACGGCAAUUGGUGGCAACCUCCCAGGUGUUCCCGCGAUCGUCGGUAACACUGUCGUAUGGAAGCCUUCACCGGCGGCUACGUAUUCCAACUACUUGGUCUACCAGAUUCUCGCGGAAGCCGGUGUUCCAGCCGGUGUCAUCCAGUUCGUUCCCGGGCCACCUCCAGAAGUCGUCGCACAGGCCAUAUCCCACCCCAACUUUGCAGCACUCCACUUCACAGGCAGCACCUUUAUCUUCAAGAAGCUAUGGAAGGACAUUGCCGCAAACCUAGACAAGUACAAAGGGUAUCCGAGAAUCGUCGGUGAGACAGGAGGGAAGAACUUCCAUGUCAUCCACAAGUCGGCAGACGUCCGAAAUGCAGUUUUGCAGACUAUUCGAGGCGGCUUUGAGUAUCAAGGACAAAAAUGUUCUGCAUUGUCACGGCUAUAUGUUUCCUCUUCGCUUUGGUCAUCUGGAUUCAAAGAUAUGUUCUUGUCAGAGGUUGCGAAGAUCAAAGUGGGGUCACCAUCAGACUUUAGCAACUUCAUGGGACCCGUGAUAGGUCGUCCCGCUUAUGACAAAAUAAUGGGCUUCAUCCAGAAAGCCAAGGAUGCGGGAGGGGAGGUUCUUAUCGGUGGCACCGGUGAUGACUCCAAGGGCUACUUCAUACAACCCACCAUCAUUUUAACCAAAGAUCCUGAAUCAAUCACGAUGAAAGAGGAAAUCUUUGGUCCUGUCAUCACUGUAAUGGUUUUUUGUUCAGAAAUGUGGCCAAAUAGACUAACAACUUUUCAGGUCUAUGUGUACGACGAUGCGAAUUAUGAGAAAACUCUAGAACUGAUCGACAACACCUCGCCUUAUGCACUGACCGGCUCUAUCUUCGCCGCAGACCGCAAAGCGCUUCUGACUGCCACAAACAAGCUACGCAACGCUGCCGGCAACGUCUAUUACAAUGAGAAAUGCACUGGCGCGGUCGUGGGUCAACAACCCUUUGGAGGAGCACGAGCAAGCGGGACCAACGACAAAGCUGGGAGUAUUAGUAUCUUCUACCGGUUCGUUUCGGCGAGAAGCAUGAAAGAGAACUUCGUGGGUCUGGAGGACUUCCAAUACCCGUCGAACUUGAUUUGAGAUAAUUGGUGUGUAACAAGAAGAAUCGAUGUUGUAUCAAUCAAAGAAUCAUGCUACUUG